GAUACAAAAUUAUGGAUAAUAAUGGAAUACCUGGGUGGAGGCUCUGCUCUUGAUCUAUUAGAACCCGGCUCACUUGAUGAAACCCAGAUUGCUACAAUAUUGAGGGAGAUACUCAAAGGACUUGAUUACCUGCAUUCAGAAAAGAAAAUCCACAGAGAUAUUAAAGCUGCUAAUGUAUUGCUGUCUGAACAAGGAGAAGUAAAACUAGCAGAUUUUGGAGUAGCAGGACAACUAACAGAUACACAGAUCAAGAGGAAUACCUUUGUGGGAACACCAUUUUGGAUGGCACCUGAAGUAAUAAAGCAGUCGGCUUAUGAUUCAAAGGCAGAUAUCUGGUCAUUAGGCAUAACAGCCAUAGAACUUGCAAAAGGAGAGCCACCUCAUUCAGAAUUGCAUCCAAUGAAGGUUUUGUUCCUCAUUCCUAAGAACAAUCCACCAACGCUAGAAGGAAACUUCAGUAAAUCUCUCAAGGAAUUUGUUGAGGCCUGCUUAAACAAGGACCCAAGCUUUAGACCUACUGCAAAAGAGCUCUUAAAACACAAAUUUAUUUUACGAAACUCAAAGAAAACUUCCUACCUGACUGACCUUAUUGAUAGGCACAAGAGAUGGAAGUCUGAACAAGGUCAUGACGACUCCAGUUCUGAUGACUCUGAUAAUGAACCAGAUGGCCAGGCUUCAGGUGGGAGUGAUUCAGAAGAGUGGAUCUUCACAAUAAGAGAAAAAGACCCCAAGAAUCUAGAGAAUGGAGCAGCCCAGCCUUCAGAGUUGCAAAGAAAUAAGGAAAAGAAUAUCCCAAAGAGGCCUCUAUCCCAAUGCCUGUCUACAGUUAUAUCCCCUUUAUUUGCAGAGUUGAAAGAGAAGAGUGAAGUGUGUGGUGGUAACACAGAUUCCAUAGAAGAACUGAGAAAGGCUAUUUAUUUAGCUGAAGAGGCUUGUCCGGGCUUUGCAGAUGACAUGGUGUCACACCUGGUGCAGAGGCUUCAGAGAUAUUCACUAGCUGGAGGAAGUACCACAACCUACUGAUGUACUGUUCCUGACUUCUCUAAGACAACAGAGAUCCCGUGGUGUCCGCGCUGAAGGCUUGCACCGCACUGGAAUGCCCUUUGGUGAAAGGACGUUCCUAAAUGUGCAAGAGUGAAAAUGAAGUCUCUCAUUUGGAGGCAGUCAUUUUCAGCUCCUUAAAGCUAUAAUUUUUUUUUAAUGAUAAUGCACAUAUUCCAGGGAGGUGUCUUUUUGUAAAAUCUGAAAUGUAUAUUUAGGUUUGUGAUAGAGAAAUUGAAGAUAUUGAGAAACCUCAGGUAUCUUGCUUUAAGAAUUCCACUGGGAGAUGGAGUAUGUUUGUUGGAAUUGUGUAGAGAUAUGUAUAUAAUGUCUUUUUUAACUGAAAGCUUUUCAAUGUGCAUAAGGAAUCACUGUGUACAAAAUGGUAAAGUGCUUCUGUAGAUAAUGUUAGUGGGGUAAAUAUUUGACAGGCCAUAACUCUGACUGUUGCCUUGCCUUCAUUACAUGUAAAUUUUGAAUUAUGUGUAAGUGAAUCUUGGUUUGAUUUUCAUAUGUGAAGGAUUUGCCAUGGAAAGAGUUAAUCCUGUACUAUGGAACCUUCUGUUCGUACCUCAGCAAAGACACAAUUUUAUUCUCUUUCUCCAGUAUUUCUUCCUAUUCAUCUAUAUUCUG